AUGUCCAGUGAACAACACCUGGAAAAAGAGAAUGCAACAUUGCUGACAGAGUUUGUUCUCACAGGACUCGCAUAUCAUCAAGGGCUGCAAGUGCCCCUGUUCCUGCUAUUCUUGGUGUUAUAUGUCUUCACUGUUGUGGGAAACCUAGGACUCAUUGCUCUAAUCUACAGUGACCCCCAGCUCCAUAUCCCUAUGUAUAUUUUCCUUGGAAGUUUGGCUUUUGUAGGUGCUUGGAUAUCAUCCCCAGUGACUCCUAAUAUGCUGGUUGACUUGUUAUCCAAGAACAAGAUGAUAUCACUUUCUGAAUGCUUGAUACAAUUUUUUGCCUUCUCAUGUGGUGGAACCACAGAAUGCUUUCUUUUAGGUGCAAUGGCCUAUGAUUGCUAUGUAGCCAUAUGCAAACCAUUACUUUAUCCAGUUAUUAUGACCAAUAAGCUAUGCAUCCGAAUACUAAUUUCAAUAUUUGUAGGUAGCUUUCUUCAUUCCUUGUUUCAUAUACUGUUUUUACUCAGAUUAACCUUUUGUGAUUCUAAUAUAAUCCAUCACUUUUAUUGUGAUAUUAUGUCAUUGUUGAAGAUUUCGUGCUCUGAUACUUCCAUUAAUUUCCUACUGGUAUUUACCUUGGCUGGUUCCAUUCAAGUAGUCACCAUGGUAAGAGUUAUAGUCUCUUACACUUGUAUUAUCUUUACAAUCUUACAAAGCAAGUCUUUCAAGGGUAUAGAGAAAGCCUUCUCCACCUGUGGAGCCCAUCUCCUAUCUGUGUCUUUAUACUAUGGUUCUCUUCUUUUCAUGUAUGUACGCCCUGCAUCUCCACAAACAGAUGAUCAAGACAUGAUGGACUCUCUGUUUUGCACAGUUAUCAUCCCUGUGUUAAAUCCAGUUAUCUACAGUCUGAGAAAUCAACAAGUCAAAGAUUCAGUGAUAAAAGCAUUAAAAGGAAAUGUUUAUAUCUGA